AUGUCCGACGACGAAAGUUACUCUUUGGCCAUCGAAACCACUCCUAUAGAUUUCGAAGAAGCUGAAAAAGAAACUAGAGCUACUUGGGAACAUGAACAAUUAGCACAGGUACGGAUAAAAGUGUUUAGGGGACAUUUUGGUGAUGUGAACUCCUGUCAGUAUAUCGACAAUGAUACCAAAAUUUUAUCUGGAUCCUCUGACAAGACAGUAAAGAUUUGGAAUAUUGACACUGGCAUAGUGUCCAAUACCUACAACUGUCACUCAGACACGGUCAGUGCUGUCAGCAUCAAUGACAAUGGACGCAGGUUUGCAUCUUGUGGCUGGGAUAAGAAGGUUGGUGUUUGUGAUGUUGAGUCUGGGAACAUGUUGUGGUCAGGAAAGCAUGCUGGGAUAGUGACCAGUUGUAAAUUUUCUCAUGACGGGAAGAUGGUUGUCUCGGGAUCUGACUUAGAUAACACAUUGAAAAUCUGGGACGCCAAUUCUGGUGAACUUGUCUACAAUAUAGAAGAUAUGCAUACUAGCACCAUUACAAGUUGUCAGUUUGCCCCUCUGGAUGACAAGGUCAUCACUACCUCCAUGGACCAGUCUGCUAAAUUCUUUGAUCUUCGCUCCAACAAAGUCACCAUCACAGUUGAUGGCCAUAUCAAUGUCAUAUCUUCCUGUGAUGUAACAUUUGAUGAGCGAAAGUUUGCCACUGGUUCUUGGGACAAAAGUGUUGGUAUCUGGGAUAUUGCCACUGGAGGCUACAGAUCCAAGGGUCCUUUGACUCUUUCUGGUAGCCAUGACGGGUCGGUGAGCUCAUGCUGCUUCAGUAAUGAUGGCUUGAUGUUGGCCACAGGUUCUUAUGAUAAAACUGUUGUGGUGUGGGAUGUGGAAAACCAAGUUCAGAAACUCAAGUUACAGGGCCAUGACGACUGGGUGUUAGAUGUGGCCUUUACUAAAGACAUGCAGCAUGUAAUGUCUGCUUCCAAGGAUAGUACUAUACGGAUCUGGAAUGUAGAGGAGUCUGACAAAAUCCCUGUUGUCAUGGAGAGGAAGAAGGCUAUAGGCCUCAAGAUAAUCAAGUGUGGCAAAUGUGGAAAGCCAUUUUCCAUGACACAGUUGGAGAGCUUCCGUGAUGUGUCUGUCUGUGUGUUCUGUCGCCUGAAGAACAGAGAGAAAACAAUGCUGGAUAUCAUGAAUAUGGUGGAUUCCUGA